AUGAGGAUAUCCGUCCCGUUUCAGAGCAAAAUACUCGGCGACGGUUUGCAUUUUUUGAAAUUUAUAGUGUAGGAUAGCUGGAUUGAGUCUAUUAGAAACCUUAUUUCGAAAUUCGUUCGAAAAAUCAAAAAAAAAAAACGGUAAAAAAAUGCCAAUUUCUUAAAAAAAUCUUCUUUUCUUAGGAACGCCAGAGGGGUACCUCUAGGGGUGAGGGUGAAAAUCAGCCCCUAUAGGGGUAAAGCUAAAAUAGUCCCUGUAGGCUUUUUUUAAUUUUUUUAAAUUCAUUGAAUGUUUUUUUAUAAAAUUCUUAAUAAUAAUCGAGAAGCAUGUCCCCUACAGGGGCCACUAGCUGAACCCCUAUAGGGACCGCUUGGACAAGCUCUAGUGGUUUCUAUAGGGUACAGUGGUCCCUAGAGAGGAGCUAUCAAAAAGAGCCACUUUGGUUGCCCCUGGAGGGACCACUCUGGAGUUCCCAGAAGCUCAUGACGUCAUCAAUUAAAUUUAUUUUUCUUCAAAGCCAUGUGAACAUUUUUGUAGUCAUUGAUUUUUUAAUGGUGUAAACUUGAAGAUUGUGUCUUUUUUUUCUUCCAUAUACGGUGUGUUCAAGUGAUUUUCACAGCUCCGCAAAUUACAGGCGAUGUCGCGCACGUCCCGAUCUCCGCGGCUCCAGUGAUCGCGGCGCCGUCGCCAGUCGAGCCGCCGGAAUGGCAGGAGCCCAAGUGCUUCGGGAAGUUCCCGGCCAAAGUCGCGCUCUACGUCUUCCUCGGAAUCGGCGCGUUUUUCGCCAUUUUCGCCAUGGUUCAGAGGCAGAUCGUCAGCGGCGCCAUGAGCAUGGCCUGGAUUGUCCUGGAAGUCUACGGGAUCUACAAUAACCGGGUCGGAGUCUUGCUGGCCAGUUUCAUCAUUCAGUGCAUUGGACUCGUCUGCUACGCUUGCUUGGCCGUCUUCGUCAUCUUUUUGUUCUUCUACUAUCGGUAUUCCAUGCACAAGUGGGUCUUUUAUGGAUUGGAUCUUGGUGUGACAUUGAAAAACACGUUGUUCGUACUAGAAAUUGGUUCGGAUUUGAAACGACUGGACAUUUUUGGAUUUUUGUGGUUGCGAGAGAAAUGCGAUGUCGCGCAUAAGAAAUGCGAUAUCGCGCCGAACAAAUGCGAUAUCGCGCCGAACAAAUGCGAUAUCGCGCCGAACAAAUGCGAUAUCGCGUCGCGGUGGCUAAGCAUUUUUAUACGAGAAUAGGUCGUCUUUAGUCUGAAUACCUCAAAAAAAAAAACUUUUUUUGCAGCCUCGUCGAAGUUGACCCGAGAUUCGAGAAACUCCAGGCGGUGCGACACAGCAUCGACGCCGCCAGUCUCAUUGUCCUGCUCGUUCUGCUCAUCCCGGCAAUCUGUCGCUGGACCCUCACCUGGCAGGUCUACCUGCACGCCAAGAAAGUUCGCACGUCGGCCCAACUCCAGGCGCCACCUCUCCCUCGAAAAUCCGACCUUCAAACACCUUGA